UCGGAUUCCGUGCCUUCGAAUCGCUAAACGUCGAGUAACGAACUGUUUCAAUCUCUCAGCGCUUUUCAAGCGAUCGUGCAGGUGAAAUCGUUCCGACAGUCGUAGCGAUCAGUUGAUACUUUUCUGAGCUGGCUUUUUCGGUGCGUCAAUAUCUUCAAGCAUUCGUGGACAUGGCUGCAAGUGUUGGUGGAGACAGAGUGGUUCCAUCAGGCGUAACGAUCAGUGGACAGUCCUGUGCGAAAUCUUCAGUUGUGAACAGUAUCUCCAAGCAUACGUGAAGGAAGGUUCCCUUGUCUUCGACGUGACAAAUUUGGCGAUCCCUCCCAGGGUACUCAUCAUUCUCAACGGGAAAACUUCCAACCAACUCUACAACUCUACUUUGGCAACCGAAGGACUACGGUCAUCCCAGUUGAAGACACGACUAUACUACGAGCCCGGACUUUGAAAAUUGUUAUUCGUGGGUCAACUACAACAGAAGACAGCUACUGAUCAACCAUCGAUAUCAAAUUUCCAGAGUUAAGGACAGAACGAUUUCUCUACCCGAGCUCGGAACAGACUAAUCGAAUAGCGAAGUAAAUUUGGAUUUAACACGUUACCUUCUAAAGGAACUUGAAGAUACCAUUUUCAUUGGAAUACUAAUAUAAAUUUAAUAGCAUAUAGAGGAUUAAGGAACGAACGAGGAGAACUGAUAAACGUAAGAUGCCAAGACGAACCACAACGCGCUGCGGAAGAUGUCAACGGACAGGACACACCGCGAAAAAAUGUCAUGAGCUUUUAUGCGACUAUUGUGACAAAGUAGGACAUACGGAAGACGAGUGUAGAAUCUUGAUGAGACAUAAUGAAAGCGGACAGAGGAGUGUAUCACAGAUUAUCGAGUGUUUAAUAUGUUCUCAGAAUUCGAAAAAAGAUACAAGACGCAAAUCACAAGGACAACGCCGCGAGAACCUAACUAUAAUCCGCGAACGAUGCAACGCGAACUGUAAUACAAAAGAUAUAGACGAAUUUACAAUAGAACAUUACCGUUCAAAGUUAAUGUCUUCUUAUAAAAACAUUGUCGAGAUCAAAGCUCCAGAAUUAAAGAGAAGAAAAGCAAAAAUGUUAAUUGAUACAGCCUCCGCAGUUACACUAAUAAAAAUAGGGAAUUCAUUGAACAAAGUGCGCGCUGACGAAGAAAUCCUCACUUUAGAGAGUGCAAUCGGCGGACGGAUUCAAACCAUAUGUUUAAUAGAAUUAAAUAUACGAGUAGGAGGCGAAAUCGUAACACACCCUUGUCGAGUAGUCCAUGACGACUUUUAUGUAGAAACAGAUGGAGUUCUAGGAUGUGAUUUUAUCUGUAAGUCAAGAAUCAAUGUGGAUUAUAUAGAAUUACAUGGAGUAAGAUUGCCAUUGCUUGUUAACGAACUUGUACGUAGAACGCUACGUAAUGGUGCAAUAACUGUAGUCACAGAGUCCAGAUCGGAUUCUGAGUCAGGGUAACUAUUUAAAUUAUUGAACCGGAUCUUUCUCCCGCGAAUAUAGUCGUCAAAUGAACAAUUUGUUUGAAUUUCACACUGAAAAUGACAAUCAUGGAUUGUAACUUAUAAAAUCAGUUAGAACUUUUUUUAUUUUGUUAUAGCUAUUUUGUUUGUCAAACUUG